AUGUUCCGAUUUAUCACAAACCAACAGAUUGAGCUAUUGCAUUAACACGUCUGUGUAGAUCUAUAAUAUGUGCUUUCUGCAACGAGGACAUUAAUUGACAAUAUAAUUAUUUAACGUAUGGUAUAUAACUGAUUGAUCGGAUGACCAAAUCGGUUAUUGUCGAUAUUUCCCGUACCUCGAAGAACUUAGGACUAUAAGAGUUAGCUACCUUACUGUGCAGAAGAGUUCCAACGAAAAAUAACAGGAAGAAAACUCGUGCUCAGAAUGUUUUCAUAAGUAAUGUGGACACGUCUUCGAGUUAUGAUACCGAUAAAAAAGAUGAGGAACGCACUUGUAACUCUAGCUGCAGUCGCCGCAUUGAUAAUAAUUGGCUUCGGAAAGUUUUCGUCCUCCAAUGAAGUAGUGAGGUCUGGGAAGGAAUUAGGAGAGGAUGCCUACCAGAUCAUUGAGGAUCUGAAGGAGAGAGUGGCAGUGCUGGAGAAGGGGAAGAAAACAUUCCCAGAAGUAAAGUUCCUCACUUACAAGGACAGGAAGAGGAUUCUGAUCUCAGGAGGAGCUGGAUUCGUCGGGUCCCAUCUUGUCGACAAGCUGAUGUUGGAAGGUCACGAGGUCACUGUGGUAGACAAUUUUUUCACUGGUCGCAAGCGUAACGUAGAACAUUGGAUCGGCCAUGAAAACUUUGAACUCAUCAACCAUGACAUUGUAAACCCUCUCUUUAUAGAAGUGGAUCAGAUCUACCACCUGGCUUCACCAGCUUCUCCUCCAAACUACAUGUACAAUCCUGUGAAAACCAUCAAAACCAACACCAUCGGUACAAUCCAUAUGUUAGGGCUAGCCAAACGUGUGCGAGGUCGCCUACUUCUGGCAUCGACGUCUGAAGUCUACGGCGAUCCGGAAGUCCACCCCCAGCCUGAGGAGUACUGGGGACACGUCAAUCCUAUAGGCCCACGAGCCUGUUACGACGAGGGCAAGCGUGUGGCAGAGACGAUGUGUUACGCUUACGCCAAACAGGAUCAUAUUCAAGUGCGAGUGGCGAGGAUUUUUAACACAUUUGGUCCAAGGAUGCACAUGAAUGAUGGACGAGUUGUCAGUAACUUUAUCCUGCAGGCUCUCCAGGGCGAACCAAUGACGGUGUAUGGGGAUGGUAACCAAACAAGGUCGUUUCAGUAUGUAUCUGAUUUAGUUGAUGGCCUCGUUAAAUUGAUGAAUGGUAACUACUCUCUACCUGUGAAUCUGGGCAACCCUGAUGAACACACCAUUCUCGACUUCGCUAAAAUCAUCAAAAAUCUUAUUGGUGGAGAAAGUAAAAUUGUACACAAGCCUAUCAUGCAGGAUGAUCCCAAAAAACGUAAGCCAGACAUCACAAAAGCGCGGGAGUAUCUCAACUGGAAGCCCUAAGGUUCCUAUGAUGACAGGGAUAAAAAAGACAAUCGAAUACUUCAAAAAUGAAUUAACAAGAUCACGGCAUAGCGAACGGAACUUCCAUUUCCCGACUGACGACAAAAUCCAAAACAGAAAGUCUGAUAUUGAUAUCCACGAAUAAUGAAUGAAUAUUCAUUUCUAAUUAAGAAAGUCCCUUAAAAUGAAUUAUAGGAAAUCUGGAGUAGGAUUAACCUCAAAUUUAAAUUUGAUUGCCAGUAUCAGAAAUUUUAAAUGUCUGAUAUUUUUCCGCUUGGCAUCAUCUGUCAUGUGUUACGCAUCGUUUACUGAAGGGAAUUGUCAAAUUAAACCCUAGCAAAAAUGACAACUUUUGCAGUGUAUGAAAUGUAAUACUUAGAAUGAUUCCAUCAGGGUUAUAGGGCGGGUGUAGUAUUUAUUGUGUGUUAGGAAUACCUUUCACAGUUUAAUGAUUUUCACCCACCCUGGUGAAAUAAAACUUAAUUUAUCUGAAAUGCCCAUGUAAAGUGAAUCGAUCAGGAUGAAAAUUUGACAAAGUAUGAGGGAGAGAAUUAUAGAAUCAGCUGAAAUUUUUUUUAACCCUUUCAUUUUGUUUUACUUUUCAUAACAUCAGACAUUCCUUUUGACUACCUGAUAAGUUAUAUAUAUUGUUGUGUAGGUUGUUUAUGUUACUGACUGUAAAUCCACUCUGAAAUGUAUUCUAUUUUAGGUCUUCCAUUUUCUAACUCCUCACACCUUCAGGGGUAUAUAGUAUACAAAUGAUUGAUACUCUUGUGUGUAGACUGCCAAACUAGGGCCGUGUUCUUUUGAGCAGAUGAACUGGUUCGCCAGUAUUUAAGAUGCAACAUUUCUGGUAUUAAUCUUGACAGGCCUACAGAUGUUAUAUAAGGCCUUGAAGGUUUUUGUCAUAGCUCACCUUAUAGUAAAAUAGGUCAUUCCAUGGGGUCCAACCUAGAUUUCAUAAAUGAACAACUGUCCUCCAUCUGUUCCGACUGUGACAAACGAUAACAGCUUUGAGGAACUCUUAUCCAUAAGAAUCAGAGUCUGUUUCUCAAAAUUGAAUAUAUAUGUAUUAUCUAAAUUCCCUAUGUACAGAAAAACUUAAAAACAUGAAAUUCUCUUUAUGUAGAACUAUUGUACAAAGGUGGAAUUUCAUCCAUAAAAUAAACUCUAUUUUCAUGUUAUGAGGCAAAGGGAAGCAACUGUGUAUUAUCAAUAAUUCUGUCUUUUCAUAGCCUAGUGUGUAAAAUUUAUUUUUCUCUCAGCAAUAUUUAAAGUAAAGUAAAAUAUUAAAUAUUGAAAAAGUCAAAGAUGGGGUCCAAAAUUCUACUUAAGAAUUUCUUGGGAAAACAAACUGUUGUUUUUGUGCAUCUUUAUACAGUGGGUGAAAUUUAAGUGAGAAUCAUUUUAUACAUGUCAGCGAUGUAGCACCUAUAAAAUAAAAACUAUAACAAUAUUUAAAAUAUAAAAUAACCAACAAAGUAUUAAUACUGUAUUUAUCCUGAAAUAAACCUCCUACCAAAGUGUUAAAAUUUAGUAUGAAAGUUUUGGGGAGGGCUUAUCUGUGAGCCACUUUUAAAUUACUACCAGUAUUUAAGAUUCUGCAAAAAUGAAGGUGGGAGCUUAUUUGUG